GAGCAAGGUUCAAGGUUCAGCGGCAGUCGUUUCGUUUGUAGUCACAGUACAUACUGACCGAAUGACCAUGAAAGUAACGUCAUGUGGUGGGUCUGGGUCUGGACAAGCGUGUUGUAAUAAACUUUGACCAGCCUAAAGAACGAGUCACACGACACGACGGAUCGGACGCAAGGUCAACCUCAUUAAAAUACAUAUAAUGUUAUUUGGAAAUCGCAUGAGAACCUUGAGUUUACUUGUUUGCAACUCGUGCCUGUGCAGAAAGGUGCUCACUAUGGUCAGGUUCCUCACGAUGGACAGUGCGAACAAGCAGCGCUAUGAGGAAGCUGUUGGCACUCUAAACACUUUGCAGACCAACGCGUCGGUGCUGCAGCAAGCUAAGAAAAUAAGGGUCGGGCAGCUCAACACGAAUGUCGAAGACACGCGAAAAUAUUUGCUCAGGACAGGAAUCAGCCAGCAAAUGUUGGAUUCAUCUCUGUCCGCCAUCCACGUCGCUGGCACCAAGGGAAAGGGAUCGACGUGCGCCUUCACUGAGAGUAUUCUGCGCAAGCACGGCCACCGAACCGGAUUCUACUCGUCGCCGCACUUGAUCGCCGUCCGAGAGAGAAUCAGGAUCGAUGGCAAGCCGCUCAGCAUGCAAAAAUUCACUCAGUACUUCUGGGAAGUGUACAACAGUUUGGCUGCCCAAAAGGAACACGAGCACGACAUGCCUCCUUACUUUAAAUUUAUGACUGUGAUGGCGUUGAACGUGUUCAUCAAGGAAAAGGUGGACGUCGCCGUGAUUGAGGUUGGAAUCGGAGGGGAGCUGGACUGCACCAAUGUGCUCAGGAAUCCAGUGGUGGUUGGCAUAACCUCGCUGGGCUUGGACCACACCUCCUUGCUGGGCAACACGGUCGAACUGAUUGCUUGGCAGAAGGCAGGCAUCCUCAAGCCCAAAGUGCCAGCUUUUACAGUCGAAAACCAGCCAGGAGACUCGCUCAACGUGAUCAGGCAGAGAGCCGAGGCCAUUGGAUGUCCUCUUCUGAUGGCCCCAAAUUUUGAAGAGUACAAAUGGCCUGAUGGGAAGAAGCCAAUCCUGGGGCUCGACUCGCAGGUGCAGACGCUGAACGCGUCCAUUGCCAUUCAACUGGCGCACGCUUGGAUGAACGCCAACAACAACCAGACCUCAGAAAAGAGCGUGACGCACGAGAUUCCGCAGUCGACGGUGAAAGGGUUGGAGCAAGUCAAGUGGCCAGGCAGAGCUCAGAUCAUAAAUUUCUCUCCGCAGCUCAAGAUUUUCAUGGACGGCGCACACACAACUGACAGCAUCAAAAACUGUCUCUCCUGGUUCAAGCAGGCCUCCAAUAGGGGGAGCACAAAACGGGUGCUGCUCUUCAACUCAACAGGGGAGCGCGACCCGACGAAUCUUCUGAGGCCACUCUAUGACGCUCAGCUGUUCUCCAAAGUAAUUUUUUGCCCAAACAUAGCGUCCAGCUGCACCGCAGACCAGAGCAACUUCAUGGUCACGGCUGAUCAGCAGCUGAAGAGGACCGCGGCCCACCUGGCAGCGUGGAAGGCCAUUGAAAAUGAGCCAACGUCUUGUAGUGUUCACACAUUCCCCUACGUGUCUGACGCUUUGAAUUUUGUCAAAGAACUGUCAGCCGUGGAAGAAAUGCAAGUAUUAGUGACAGGUUCACUUCAUCUUGUCGGAUGUGUUUUGGGGCUUUUAGAUAUAAGCGAAGAAGACGCCGAAGACUCUUAAGAAGCAGAAAUUUUAGUUUCUCAUUUAGGUAGAUUACAUUCAAUGUUCAAAACAGACUCAGCUGCCAUAUCAAAAUAGCAGAGAUAUUAUUUUUAUAAAUAUUGUUCAAUAUUUUCGCUAAAAAUACAAGCAUAGUUUUUGUUUAAAAAUGAAUAA